AUGUCUGACGCCCCGCACUCCCACUCCCAUUCUCACCAUAACGACGGCCACGAGCACGAGCACAACGAUGGCCAUGACUUCGCCGCCGCGAAUGCGAAGCACUUCAACGAGAACGUGGACAAAUUUGAGGAUCAACCUUUCGCGAAAGAGUUCGCCGGGAGGCAGUUCAUCGCAUACCUCGGCGCAUACCCGUUUGACGGAGAGAAGACCGUCAUGAUGGACUUCGCCUGCGGAAUAGGCAUGGUCUCCAGGCAGAUGGCCCCUUACGCAAAGCAGAUCGUGGGGGUUGAUAUCAGCCAAGGCCUCGUCGACGAGUUCAACUUGCGAGUGAAGAAUCAGGGGCUGACCCCUGACGAGUUGAAAGCCGUCUGUGUCCAGCUUAAGGGCGAAGAGGGCGAAUUGGACAACCUGAAGUUCGAUGUCAUUGUCUGCGGCAUGGCAUACCACCAUAUCAGCGACGUCGCAAAGACUACCCAAACUCUGGCAUUCUUCCUAAAGCCCGGGGGCGUCCUCAUGGUCAACGACGGGCUCAAGAUGGAUGUCAUCCCGCCCAUGUUAAUGGAGAUGCAGAAGAAGGCUAACUUCAAAGACGUCGUGCCUCAUACACAUGGAUUCGAAGAGUCGGAAAUUCGGAAAAUCUUUGAAGACGCCGGGCUGGUCAAAUUCCAAUUGGAUAUCAUGUCCAAGGCGAAACACCAUACAUUUCCCGGCAAGGUUUUCAUUGCGAAGGGAGUCAAACCUAAGGCUUAA